CUCCCGUCUAGCGGUUUGAGUUUAGGACCCUGGGUUGGUGGGGUCAAAAGGAGAGGGGCUCCUUCCUCCCGGACUUCUGGGCCUGCGGGGGGUGCAGGGCGCCUUGUGUGUAGCCCCCAGAACAGAUUUCUGACCGCUAAUGUGGUUGUGAUCAUUGUGAUGGAGCAAGAGAAAAACUUGUUGGUCUCAGAUUCUAAAUGCUUCACAGAAAGGAAGAGUUUGAAAAGCUCUUUUACAGGACACGAAAGUAAGAAUAAUUUAGAAACUGUUCAACACAAUAACCAUAAGGCAGAUAAACUUAAAGAGAGAGCCUCAAAAUGGUCUAAAAAAGAUGGCCUACAAAAUUGUAAGCAUGAGGAUACAAAAGAAAUACCACUGACAGGGUCCCAAGGAGAUGAAACUUGGUGUGAUGGUUUCUAUGAGAAUAAUGGCAAGUCAGACAAUCAGGAAAAUUCUACAGGAAAAGAGGAAGAAAAACCCAAUGAUGGGGGUUGGGACCCAGGAGAACAUGUCAGUGCCUCUGUCCAGCAGAAUUCAUACUUCAGAGACAAACCCUACAAAUGUUCUGAAUGUUGGAAAAGCUUCAAUAACAGUUCUCAUUUGCGUGCUCACCAACGGACCCACUCAGGAGAAAAACCUUAUAAAUGCUCUGAGUGUGGGAAAUGCUUCAGUAACAGCUCUCACCUGAUUCAACAUCUGAGAACACACACAGGAGAGAAGCCCUACCAGUGUGGGGAAUGUGGGAAAAGCUUCAGCAAUACCUCCCAUCUUAUUAUCCAUGAGAGGACACACACAGGAGAGAAGCCCUAUAAAUGUCCUGAGUGUGGGAAGAGUUUCAGCAGCAGCUCCCACCUGAUUCAGCAUCACAGAUUACACACUGGUGAAAAACCAUAUGAAUGUCCUGUUUGUGGGAAAUGCUUCAGCCACAGUUACGUCCUAAUAGAACAUCAGAGGACUCACACUGGAGAAAAACCUUACAAAUGCCCUGACUGUGGGAAGGGUUUUAGUCAGAGUUCCAGCCUGAUUCGCCACCAGCGGACACACACAGGUGAGAAGCCCUACAAAUGUACUGAGUGUGGAAAAAGCUUUGGUUGUAAUUCUACUCUAAUAAAGCAUCAGAGAAUACAUACAGGAGAAAAACCCUACCGGUGUACAGAAUGUGGGAAGAAUUUCAGUCGAAGUUCAAACCUCAUAGCACACCAGAAAACACACACAGGAGAAAAACCCUAUGAAAGUUCAGAUUGUGAAGAAAGUUUGAGUCAGAACUGCAGUGUGAUAGAAGAAUGUAGGAGCCAGCCAGGAGAAAAACCAUAUAAAUGUUGUGAAUGUGGAAAGAGUUUUGGCCUCAGCUCCCAUCUCAUCAGACAUCAGAGGACACAUACAGGAGAAAAACCUUACAGAUGUUCUGAGUGCUGGAAAACUUUUAGUCAGAGUUCCACCCUGGUGAUUCACCAAAGGACACACACAGGAGAGAAACCUUAUAAAUGUCCUGAUUGCAGUGAGUGCUUUAGUCAAAGUUUUAACCUUAUCAGGCACCGGAGGACCCACAUAGGAGAAAAACCUUACAAAUGUACCGACUGUGAGAAAUGCUUUAGCAGAAGUGCCUACCUCAGUCAGCAUCGGAAAAUUCACAUACAAAAGUCUUUUGAGUCUCCUGAGGUUGAAGAUUUUCCUCCUGAAUGGACUUGGAAAGACUGUUCAGGAGAACUGGCCCUCAUCUCAUCAUUUUCAGUCCCAAAUUCAUCUUCCUCUUAAGUCCCAAAGUCCAC